GACUUUAAUUUCGUCGCAUAACACAUCACCAUCAUUAUCUAGCCACCAUGCCCGACUCGAACGAUUCCAUCGCGCACAAGUCCGUCGCGGACAAUACCAUCUUCAAAAAAAUAGUGGAGAUCAUGAACGACGUUUGGUUUAUGCAUAACCUUCAUACAACCAUCAGAGCAUUCGCGAAUAGAGGUGAUAUGAAAGCAGAUCUUGAAGAGGCAAAGAAGAAGAUCAUCAAGUUGAAGGAGAAGAAUUCUGCCCUCAAAGCUAGAAUUACACAACUUGAGACUAGAAUUUCGGCUCAAUUCCUCUAGGAUCGUUUUGGAGAAACUUUCGAUCAUGAUAUCGCCAUUUUCGACUUCCUAUUUUAAGAUUCGAUGUUACGGAUUGAUGGUCUAGGAUGUGAAGUGGGAAAUAUGUCGACUUUGGGAGUGAUUAUGGUUUUGGAGUGGUCGUCUCGAGCAGUUAGUGCCAUGGUGUCGGACACGCAGCACGAAAUAGAGGAAUGAACAAAAGAGGAAUUCUAUCA